AUGUGCAAAACGUGUUUACUGGGUCACAUCAGACCGACUGGCUCUUUUUACAUCAGGUACUAUUUACAAGUUGUUUCUCUCUUUCUUUUUACAAGGCUUUUUUAAUUUUAAAACUAAAAAAUGAUGUCCAAAGCACCCAGGUGGCAUGAGACCCUGGUAAACACAAAGACCACCAAAGUUUUACAAAAACACGGAGAAAAGAAUUCUGCAGCAGGUAGUGGAGGAAAACAGGCGACCAAAACCAGUAUCCACUGUGGGAAAAGCCUCAGAGGAGGAGACUCAGCAGCAGUUGGGAGUAAGGGUCCUGCUGGUGGUGGAGUCAGCGUCGGUCAUCGCGGUGGCCAACAAGCUGCCACAAAAACAUCCAACCCAGUGAAACCAGCUGUCCAUCUGCGCUCCAGUCAAAGCUUUUCAUCCCUCCAGUCUACAUCUCUCACUGCGGCUCCGUUCACGAGAAGCAGCCGCUCACUCAGCAGACUUGACCAAAGAUCCCCUGAUCCAGACAAUACCACCGCUGCAAGUUCACAAGUAAAAAAAGGACGAGCCGCUGGGAGGAAAAUUCUGGAUUCUGUCCGGCUGGCGUCCUCCGUGGAGCAAAUCAGCUCCACAAGGUCUCGGGUUUGCUCCUCUGGGGUGUCCACCACUACACGUCAUCAUCAUGACAACAAAGAAAAGAAGCAGAGCAAGGAUGGGGUCUACACGCUCUGUGCAAUGACCUCCGGGAUGAGACGCAACUGGGUUCAAGCAGUUCUGAAAAACGUGCGUCCCGGUCUUCCACAAGAACUCACCAGCUCUGUUUCAGAGCAGAAAGAAGAGCAGCAGGAAGAAAACAGAACCACGGAGCAGAGAGAUGAGCUUCAGCCCAUAGGAGCUCAGAGCUCAGCUGAUGCAGACUCUUCAUCCUCUGUUCGCACUGCUUCACCCUCCUCUUCACCGGCUCCUUCACCAUCCAGUCCUCUGCAGGUGGUGGAGGAGAGCCAACGGGCUCAGCUGCAGAUUUUAGACAAAAACACUAAAACUGGUGUGACCGGUUCAUCUUUAUGUGCUGAAGAAUUUCAGAGUGGCAGCUUGUCGUCUGCAUCAGUCGACGGGGAUCGUGAGGAGCAUCCCAACGCUGAUGAGAGCACAGCUGAGCACAGUGCACAGCGAUGUGAAACCAUCAAGGAAGAGCAACAGGUUUCAGGAAACCCAUCGUGCACAGACGAAGAGGAAAAACCGCAUCGAGAGCAGCAAACUGUGCAACUCGUCAAAGAGCUGCAGCAAACCCAAAGGGAACUGUCUCGGAUCCAACAGCUGAACAAGAACCUGCAGGAGGAGCUACGGCAAGAGAGAGAGAGACAUUUAGGGAAGCUGCUCUUCACACAGAAUGGCACCACUUCAUUUCCAGAGCAAGCAUUGACUUUACAGCAAAUGCAGAAGAUAAAUCACAACCUCCGCAUGGAGCUGGAAGCGCUGAAGAGAAGCCAGGAGGAGGCCCGAGAGGCUGAACUGCUGCGGAGGGUCGACCUCUUAGCUCAGCAAGCGCAGCUGCUGGUCACAGGCGACGCCACCGUUCUUUCUCAGAUCCACCUGGAGCAGGAUCUCCAGCAGUUUCAGGAGCACAAGCUAGAGUUGGAGCGCUGCACGUCCUCCUUAAAGUCCCAGCUGGACAUUAGUGAGGAGAAGAGAAAAGAAGCCGAGGCCCAGUUGCUACAAAUGCAGCAGGAGUUGCAGAGUCAUCAAAACCUGCAAGAGGAAGCUGAAGAGCUGCGGAAACAUCUCCAGGAGAUGUCAGGUCAGCUUCAUGCCUAUGAGGAGGCCCAGGCUGAGAAAGAGGCUCGCCUGCAGAAGCACCUCAUGCUCCUGCAGGCGAGCCAAGAAAGAGAACGAAAGGGUCUGGCUGUCAGCCUGGCUCAGGCUGAGCAUCGCUCCAAGGACCUCCAGGACAAACUGGGCCGGGCUGAGCAGCAGCUGGAGACCUUCAACAAGAGUCAGACUCUGAGCAGAGAGAUUGAGGACGCCCAGCGGCAGCUGCAGGACGAGCUGGCCUGCACAGUGUCGGCGGUGCAGCAGCUUCAGGAGGAAAGGAAGCUGCUCCACCAGCGCUGUCAAGAGCUGCAGAACCAGUUAUCAGAGGCAGACAGGGCGGUCAGCAGGCUUCAGGACCGCUUGAAAACAGAGGAGACGCACUACUACAACCUGGAGCACUCGUACGAGAGAGCGUGCGAGGAACUGCAGGUGGCGCUGGGAAAGGUGCAGCAACGGGAAUUUGAAACGCAGGACAUACGAGAAGGAUAUGAAAGGUUGCUGGACAGGAAGGAGCAAGAGCUGAGCGAAGUUUUGCUAAAGAUGGAAGUUUUGGGUAACAGUCUGGAGGAGACAGAGGUGAAGCUGAGUGAACUGAUGAAAGUUUGCACCUGUUCUUCAUCUCGACUGAACGGCGGGCCUUCAGAGCCUGCUGAGCGCAAAAAUAAGCAACAACAAACUCCCGAAUAUUUCACGGUAAACGAAAGUAGAAUGAGCAGUUCUGUUUUGUCUAACAGUCCUGAGGUCAUGCAGGCAAACUGCAGGGACCCUCACCAACAUGCAAGAACCCGCUCUCUCUCAGCGGAUGCAUCAUUCUCGUGCAUUACUAACACAGGAGACGACCCCGAAAAGUUUGUUUCUAUGAUCCAGUUGCUCGAAACAAAGCUGUUUGUAACAGAGGAGAAACUGAAGGACCUAACACACAGACUAGCGGAACACCAGAGUCACAUCGGCUGCCAGGAUCCCCACCUGUCCUCAGAGCUGACCCAAAGCAGAGCAACCGCGCAGCACCUCAGUCUGCUGCUUCACAGUCAGGCCAAGCAGAGCCAACGCUUCGCCCAGGAGACAGAGAACCGCUGCCGGAUGCUGGUGGGCAGGUUUCAGGUGGCUCUGAACAUCAUUCAGGCCUGCAGAGAAAGGCUUCAAGCUGCUCCGGUGAACAUCCCAGACAUCGAGAGGCAACUUGCCCGGGCUGUUGGCUGCCUUCAGCAAGGGGAGCAAGACGCAGGGCGAGUCCAGCACGACUCGCGUAACGUCUUUAAAGAAGAGGGCAAGCUCCUCGCUGACGAGAAACUAACUGGAGCCGAAAGCGACUUCAUUUCCAAACUCGCCAACGCGCAGCCCUCGCAGGACAUGUCGAGCACCGAGAAGCACUUGAUCAAGGAACUCUUUGUGGUUGAAAACAUGGUGUCCGUCCUUCAGAACCAAAACGGUAUCUGCGAAUUAUCUUCAGCUAAAAACAGAGAAAAGGUCGCGCGCAGCUACAAAAACCUGAUCUCUCAGAGAAUCCACCUUAAAGCAGAAGAAAGGGCGGCGCCGGUGAGCGUGGGGUGUGACAGCGGUGAGCUUUUAGAGAGCGUGAUUGGAAGACUCUGCGCCGAAGCCGAGCUGCUUUACGCUGCGUUGAAACUUCAGCAGCAGUGUGAAGGCGUGGCUCACGUAAACGGCCAUGAGGACCAUCAAGGAGAAGCUCUUGCGGACAUCAGUCCCUCUGAACUGGCCUCUUAUGGGGAGCAAGUUAAGGUGGACAGUAGAGGUUCAGAUGAAGCUGGAAAACCGGAUAAAAAAGGGCCAACUGAGACCAGGAAGCUGGAGGUGGAGAAAGAAAAGGGCUUGUUGGAGAAACUCGUUUCUCGGCUGCAGAGAAGAGCUAAAUUCUUACACCACAUCUGCCAGGAGCUCACCGAAGACAGUGUGGACCACAGUGGGGAUGAUGCUCCUGCAGUCGAUUUCAGUUUCUUUCAAGAGCAAGUCAAGUUGAUUUAUCUGUCAGACAGGCUUUAUUUAGAUUUGGAACAAGAGUUUCAGCCAGCCGAGGCAUCGCAGAACAAUCUGCACGCUCUUCAGAAGGAGCGCGAGGAGCAGGAGAUGUUGAGUCAUGCUUUAAAUCGGCUUCAGGAGGACAACAUCUCGCUGAAAGAAGAGCUGGAACUGGCUGAGCAAAAGAUCGUGUCUGUGGAGACUGGGAACCAGCGACUCCUGGAAGACAUGCGGAGAAUCGAGGAUCAUCAGAAGGAACAGAGAGAAAAAGUUGAAACGGAGUUUCACGAGAAGAUAAAGGAGCUGCAGCAGAUCCACGAGGAGGAGAUGACACAGCUGCAUGGAUACUACUCUAAAGCUUGUGCUUCCAAAGAAAGACAGAUGAAAGCCUGCAGCGAAGCCCCUCCUCUGGGAGAAGACACAUCUUUAUCGGGCCUCACUGCAACCGAAAGAAAUGCAAAGGAGGAACUCGGGCCCCAGACGGUGGAAGUUGAUGCAGCUGCGAUGAGAGAGGCGUACCUGAAAGACCUCGAAAAACUUCAGGCGUCUUGUGAUCAUGGGUUUGCUGCUAUGGAAGAAAUGCACAAAAAAGUAAUCAAAGACCUGCAACAGCAGCAUCAGGAGAAGAUGGCUGAACUUCUCAAGGAGAAAGACCAGCUCCUCCAAGAGGAGACAGCCGCUACAAUGGCAGCCAUUGUAGCAAUGAGGAGAGCCCACAAGAAGGAGCUGGAGAAAAGUAAACAGACUCGGCACAACAGGGAAAGCGCCGACAUCACCGAACUCCACAUGGAAUAUGAGAAGGAGAUCCAAUUAUUGCACAAAGAGCUGGAGGUGUUGUCGGCUCAGCACACAAAGAAAUGCCUGGAAAACUCUCAGCUGAACCAGGAGCUGCAGAAUGAGAGGGAAUCAGUGGUGCAGUAUCAGAAAGAAAACCAGAGAGAGACUGAUGAGAUGUCACAGCUACCAGGACAUCAGUCCCAUGUUGGCCCUCAGGUCGCAGACUUCUAUCAGCUGGAGCUGGUUCUGAGAGCAAAGGAAGCAGAGCUGCAAUGUCUCAAACAAGAAUCUCAUUCUCUCAAAGAGGAGUUGGAAAUUACCCGAAUGGACAAAGCAUAUGCAGAGAAUAAACUCAAGGACCUCCAACGAACAAACCAGCACAAAGAUGCCUUCCAACAUCUGGACAAAGACUCAAAGUUCGCCACCUGGUCUCCGAGCAGAGACACUUCAGGGUGCAGUCUGGAAAAUUCUGGGACAACAAACAUCCCUCCUUUCCCCAAGAAACGAGAGAAAUCCUCCUUUCUGCGUCAGAUCAGAGGAUUCAGAUCUAAGAGUUUAAAAGAUGGCCUUUCUAUCCAGGAGAAAAUGAAGUUGUUUGACUCAUUCUGAUUUGUGAAAGCUGAAAUGCUUCAAUGAAACA